GAAAUAAUAGAGAAAGAGAGUUUGAGGUGAUAUUUGAAUGGAGGUUGAUGUUAUUGUUUACGUUUGGUGGAGUUGAGGAGUGUGUAGUAACUUGCUAGUUAACUAUCCUCAGGAGGAGGCUGGAGGUCUGUGUAACUUCUACACAUUAAUUAGAUAGUGAUCUAGUGCAGUGCAGAGCACUUACAGAAAAUUACAUCAUGAUUGGUAAAACAGAUUUCCCUGAAGUUCUUCCACUUCCACCAAGUCCUACUUCAGUGGAAUCACUCCUUGGACCUAUGGAUUUUUCAUCAGAAAAUUUUGAAAAUUAUGACAAUUCAUCAAAUUUUUCCAUUGAUGUUAAUGAUUUUAAUGACCUAAGUAAUAAUUUAAUUAAAAUUAGUGGGCAGUCAACAGCAUUGAGUGCAGGACAUGGUAUGUAUAGCUCAAGCAGUAGUAGUUCUUCUGUGUCAGUGACACAGUCAGAACUGUUGGGUACUGGGGAAAAUACUCAUAGUUUGACUAACAAAGAUUGUCCCGAUCUUUAUCCAGUAGUUGAAUUUCUGGAUGGAAAAGAGGUUAUAACAAUAACCACUUCUAACACAGUGCCAAAUAAUAAUACUCUGUCAGCAACUAUGUCUGGUUUUAAAUCAGGUGAUUCUGUUCCUACUUGUGUAGGAAAGACCAGUACCUCUUUUAAUCACAUUAAUCAAAAAGAGUUUUUUAAUCCUAUAAAGGAAAAGUCCAACAGUGAUAAUGUUUCUACAGUAGUAGAAAAUGAAGUAUCACAUUUACUAACACCAUUUAUCUUUGCAUCAGUACCUUCUUGUUCAAAUAGUGGAACUUCAUCCACUGAACUUGAAACCAGUUCAGAAUUACCUUCGGUUACUCCAAGGUAUGCUCAAGUGGAAGAGAUGCAAAGAAUGGCAAAUGUUUCUAAUCAAACCAGUCUCAUUACAACUUGCUCACAAACAGUACAAAUGAACUGUAAUAGUUCAAAAUACAAAGAUGGCUCUUCUGAGUCUGAGAUUCUUUUAACUCCUGAUAGAUUUGCCUCUGCGGAUCACUGUGCAGAGACUAAAAAUGAAAAUAGACUAUGCAGCUCUGAUUGUCUAUGUAGGUUAUAUGUUCCUAGUACUCUUGAAGCUGAUCUCAUGACGUCUGAUUAUGAAGAUGACAUUGAGCAAGAUUUGAAAGACAUAGAAGAAAUGGAAGAAGAAGAAAAGAAGAAAGAAGAGAGGCAGACUCAGCAUCAUUCUGCCUUAUCUUAUGAUAGUGGACGGCUUCCUCCAAUUGGUGUCUUUUGGGACAUUGAAAACUGCCAGGUACCGAAAGGACUCUCGGCUACCCAUGUAGUCCAGGCCAUUCGAGCAAGGUUUUUUAAUGAACAUCGUGAAGCAGAGUUUAUGUGUGUCUGUGAUACAUUAAAGGAAAACUCAAAAAUUCUUGAAGAACUCAAUGAUGCUCAGGUGAAUGUGAUGCAUGUGGGAAGUACUGUGAAAAAUGCUGCAGAUGAUAAACUUCUUCAGAGCAUGCGGCGUUUUGCUGACAUCCAUGGCACAGGUGCUACUAUUGUGCUUAUUUCAGGGGACUCUAACUUUGCCACAGAACUCUAUGACUUAAGAUAUCGGAAAAACCUUCGGGUGAUAAUAGUGCAUAAUGCUCAUGCUCAGGACUCCCUCAAACUGUGUGCACAUGAAACAGCCUUGUUUACUGAAGUUACUCAGGAGCUACCUCAGAGAUCUAAACCCAAGGGAAUUGGUUUGCGGCGAGAUAUUUUUGUCUCAAACUUACCAGAUGGGGUUGAAGAAUAUGCCAUCCGCCGUCGUCUUAAUAUUCUCUCGGCCAAUUGUGGUGGAAAGGUGGGACGUGUUCGAGUCAACUGUGCUACAAUAUACUUCCAGACACCUGAGUUGGCAACAAGGGCCAAAAAGAGGUUAGAUGGUGAAGAUGUGUUUGGGAACAAAAUAAAUUGUAGCUUUGGCAAGAGUUCAGAAAAGGAAGGAUCUCCCAAAAUUAAAUGUGGAAAAUUUCUUCAGCAACAAUCCUUGCGUGACAAAGAAUCAGAGGUACCCGAUUGUGUGACGAGUGGCUUUCAUACUGUACAGAGCCCUUCACAAGCAGUCAUGGGAGAGGUAGGAGCAACGAGCCUGCCCUGGCGGAUAAGGGAGCCUCUUGUUGAAACCACACCUUUACACCAGCAGUAUUCAGCCUUUAGAAGCUAUACAAAGACUCCAGCAACACCUGUUACAUCCGAGCAGCAGUACAGUUCACAAAGAAUGUGGAGAAACAGUGGUUGCAAAUCUCAAAGCCAGGCAUCUGUUGGUGUAAAUGGAAGUUUUUCUGGAAUUCUGCAAGACUAUGAUAUGCAUAAUGGUGAAUCUGUUGCCAAUAGUACUGCUGUCCAGCCUUUGUACUUAGACAAAACACCAGAGACUUUCAAAAAAGGCCGUUCACAAAAAGUUCAAUUCAGAAUGAGUUCACCACCAAGCUUUUCAUUAAGUACCAGACUAGCAGAUUCAUACUUGCUAGAUAAUAAUCUCAGGAUGAGGAGUCCAUCUCCAUUACUCUCCUGGAGUGGUGUCAGUCCUAUGAAGCAUACGUGGAGUCUUCCAACCACCUCAGACUUGCAAGGUCAAGUCCUGUGUGGACUGCGGGAAUUAUCUUUGGGAGACGGGGCUCCUGUGGACACAAGCUUGGGAAGUACUUCCCAGGUUCCUGUAGAGUUGCAAGUGACCAACUUGGACCAAAAUAUUGAUGCGAGAGAGAUGAAACGCAUCCUUUUCACAGUAUUCAGGGAUCAUGUCAUGGUAUUACAUGUCUCAGUGUUUGUGCAAUCAGACGGGAAUUUGGCUGCAACUUUGCGUGUUCCAUCACAGCAAGAUGCACAAUAUGCUAUUUCUCAGUUACAUCGCAAAAAGAUUGGUGCUAAACGAAUAAUCAUCUCGUACGUCAAUCACAAUCAACCUUCCCCAGAAUUGAAGAGGUCUAAAGUUAUUGCCCUUCUCCAUGAAGUUCCUGGGAAGAAACUUCCUCUGUUUAAGUUCCGUGAACUUUAUGAAAAAAGAUUUCAUGAAACCAUAGGAGUAUCAGAAAUGUAUAAUAUGAGAGAUAUAAUUACAGUUUCCGAUAACAGUACUGGGAGAAUGGUGUCUUUACAUCCUGAGUUUCGACAUAUUCAUUCACCAGUAUUAACUGAAUCUGCUGAUGAAAUUGAAGGAAAUAUUUCUAGGUAUUGUAAGGAACACAGUCUUGGCCCAGAUGAGACUAUUGGAUGGGCAGAGCGUGAUCAGAAUGCCAGCCUACCAAAUGUCAACAUGACAUUGCGAGCAUUGGCUGCCAGUAUUCACUCUUUGUUGCAGUCUCAUUCAGGAUCUCUUCCAUUAGCUAGCUUGGUUGAAUGCUAUCAAGCACAAAUUGGUCCACUUGAAGAAUAUGAGGAUGGGGUACCCCUUGAGCACCUGGUCUCUUGUCUGCCAGGUGUAUGUAUAUUGACAGCUGCUGUUGGUUUUAAAUACAUUCAGUGGGUAGAGAACAAAGUAACUGAUGAGGCAGAAGAGUUAGCUCGAUGCAUAAGUCCUCCUCUAGUAGGACAACUAGCACUGUUCUCACGCGAGCUCGUGGACCUUCUUAAAACUUUCCCCCAUUGUCGGCUCCCAUUUUCUCGCUUUAUUCCUGCCUAUCAUCACCACUUUGGACGACAGUGUAGAGUUGCCGACUAUGGAUUCACUAAGCUUGCUGAUCUUUUUGAUGCUCUUCCUCACAUCAUCCAAGUAUUGGGAGAUGGAAACAAACGUAUACUCACUCUAGCCCAUAAGGCUCAAAUUAAACGCUUUUCUUCUGAUCUUUUAAGAGUUCUCAAGGGUCAACCCACUAAAGCCAUAACUCUAGAAGUCUUUCCCAGUGCUUAUGAGAAAGCUCUUACAAGACCAUGGAAUGUCGUAGAUUACGGUGUAUGUGAUGUCGAAGAUCUUUUAGCUGAAGUGAGUGAAACUACUGUGAUUGUCACCAGAUCUGGCAUGGAAACUACAAUAGCCAUUCCCAAGCGAGAACAAACUCCAGAAGAAAUUGAAAGAACUCGGCAAUUUGCAGCAGAAGUGGUGGAGCUGUUGCGUCACUCUCCGCAGUGCAAGAUGCAGUUCAAUAGAUUUAUACCUGCUUACCAUCAUCACUUUGGAAGACAGUGUAGAGUAGCAGAUUAUGGCUUCAGUAAGCUCAUUGAGCUCUUUGAAGCUAUUCCGGACAUCUUACAGGUGUAUGAUGAUGAUGAAGAUGGUGAGAAGCAACUGCAGCUUGUGGAACGUGAACGUAUAAAGGUACUGGGGGACCAGGUUAGCGCUGUUGUUAAAGGCGCUCCACAUCAAGCAAUUAGAAUCUCUGCCCUUACUCAAGUGUUCACACGUUACUAUGGAUAUUCCCUCAAACCUGACCAUUAUGGAUCAAAUUCUCUGGAAGAGCUCAUAGGAAAAUUAAGAAAUCAUGUUAAGAUGGUUGAUGGUGGAGAUGAACCCAUUGUAAACCUAGUUGAUCGUGGUUAUGUACAUGAAGUGAUGCUAAAGGCACGACAUCUUCUUUGGAAUGAGCCAUUGUGUUGUCUGUCUUUGGACAAGUUUGUACAGUCUUAUGCAGAAUGCUACAAUCAUCCACCAAAUUUGGAAAUAAUAAAAAGGGAUUUAGAAGAAGUAUUAACUAUUGAAGGUGAAACAGAUGGGGGCAAAAUCUGCCUUGUACCAUUGCAGAUAUUUGCACGGGAUCUUUUAACACUGCUGCAUGAAUCUGGAGGUCGCAUGCUGCUUCUGAAUUUUGAUACAGCAUACCUUGAUAGAUUUGGCAUUGCAUGUCGUCCAGCAACAUAUGGUUUUCCAAAUAUUGUUGCCCUUGUUCAGGCACUUGGAGAUCUAGUAGCAGAGGGCAGGGGAACAAAGAGGAUUCUUGUCCUUAACCGUGAAGUUGCACCAUCACCACCGUUCUUCAGUGUCACUGCCAAUAGCACGAAUCUGUAUAGCGAAAACGUGGAUUCUGUGGAUGAGAACGGAGUGUCAAAACCACCACCAGCUUCUCAACUACCUCCACCUCACAGGGUUUCUUCACCUCCACAGUGUGACUAUCAGCCUUUCUUGCAAGAAGCAAAUUCCAAUGGGCACUUAGUGAUGAGUAUGAAUCCUCAAAUACCUCAGCAGCCAUACCAGUCAUCACCACCUGUGGUAUACCCUGGCUCGCCUGCACCUACUGGAGGGUCGUUAAUGUGGGGUCAGAUGUGGUCACCUCAGUACCCAGUUAUGCCACCACUGUCACCAGGUCAUUAUAUGGUACCAACAAUCCCAAUGAGUUGGGGAAAUGUAGCAGCAUCUCCAAUUGGUGCUGUAAGCUCUACUAGCCCUCCUGCCCCACUGCUAAACUCCAUGGUGCCCCCAAUCUCCAUACACACACUUGAUGAACUCUCCAAGCAGGAGGGUAAAGGAAAUGGAGACUACAGUACACCUCCAAAAGCUUGUGAAUUGCCAUCUCCAGAACUUUUUACACAAAUACCCCCUUCAGAGCCUACACCUGCUACUAUUCCUGUAUGUGAUAUCCCACAGGUACUGUAAUAAUCCACUGUAGUGGAUAAGACAAAGGUGAUCAUGUGUAGGAAUAUAGAUUUAGAUUUCUCAUGAUCCAAUCUUCACCAAAUUUGUUUCAUUACAUUAAUGGGAAGAGCUAAAAAAAAAUUUAAUUUUUAACCCUUUCAGGGUCGGCAGGCCCUCUCCUAAACUUGUUCUCAGGGUCGGAAAUUUUUCGGAGAUUUCGCCCACUUUGCGCCCCAUUAUCGGUCAAUUUCAAUAUACCAGUCGACAAAAAUCAUACCUAUUUCGCUAGAACUCCAUUUUGUUUAUCGAAUGAGGACAAGAAACCACCCAUUUACCGAUUUCAACUAACAAAUAACGUGGUCAGAAAUUGGCAAUUUUGCCAUUUUCACACAAAUCUCAAAAGAUGCCAGUUUCCAAAUAGGGUCCAGAAUAAACAAGACAGACAUUCCUGGCACUAAAAUAACAUAUCCUCUGUUGAUUACUCGUGUCCCCAGGCCUCUGCUACAUUUCUUUUGCUUUCCACUUUGAAUUUUUAUUCUCACAAAGAAUAGAAGAUUUGUUAUGCAGACUACUGCAUUCGUGUAGAAAUGGUGUAGAAAUGGUAUAAAUAAUAUCAGCGCACUUGUGAAAGAAUAUUACUCACCAGUUGUCGUGUAUUGGACGCGUGGCAUGAUUUGUUUACCUUUGAACUUUGGCAAAAAUUGAACAUUUCUGCUACUUUGAGCUCAAUUUCAAAGUACUUUUCAUUGAGAUGAUUUUGAUUGGUUUCACAAUUUCCAUAAUAUGUCUUCCAUUCUAUAAAAUGAGACCAGGAAAACUAGAAUAACCAUAAAUAGCAUACGAAAAUACACUGCAAAGUCGCUGUUUUAAAUCAAAAACAGUCAGUUUUUUUUUUUUUCUCAUUAUGCACUGUGCUGCUGCAGGAUUUCUUUUAUAUUUUGCACACUGACCACAUAGACCCAUUCUUUCAUAUGUAGGCCUACCAGCUUUCUCUCACUAGAUUUGAACGCGCUAGAAUUUAUGCGUACUAGUACGGCACCAACCCUGGCGUGCAAGCCGUAUUAGUAUGGCACCAACCCUGAAAGGGUUAAAGAAUACACAUGUUCAACAUAGUUGACCAGCAUCAGUGUUGUCAUUUAUGAAAAGCCCAUAAUUAAGGAGAACAUAUUGUGCAGGCUUAAGAUUAUACGAGCCUUAAAUUAACAGUAGUUAAUCAAGAUAAUUAACUCUUCAAGGGUCGAAACCCCCGAUCUGAAACUUGCUCUCGGGGUCGAAAAAUUUAAAAAAAAAAAAUGAAAUGAUAAUCUUUUUCUGAGGGUAAUGAAAAAAGUACAGAAUUUGAUGGAAAACGUGCAGAAUUGCACACUCGCAAAGUUAGCAGUCUCGGUGAUAUUUAUGCAUCAGCAAUUUCACCCACCUUGAGCCUUAUUUUAAGCCAGUUCCAUUGUUCAUCAACCAAACUCAUAGCUGUUUUGCUAGUAUUCCUUCUAUUCUAUCAAUUGAGUACGAGAAAACCACCCAUUUGCCUAAUUUAGCUACUCAUAUUGAUCAGAAAUUGGUAAUUUGGCCAGUUUCACAAAUCAGAAAUUGCCAGUUUUAAAAUAGGGUCCAGAAUAAAGAUUGUAGACAUUCCUGGCACUAAAACAUUUCCUCUGUUCAUUAGUCACAUUCUCAGGCUUCUCCUAUAUUACAUUUGCUUUCCAUUUCAAAUUUUUAUUCACAUAAAAAAAUAAAAGAUUUACUGUUGUGCAGAGUACUGCAUUAUUGUAAAAAUUGUAUAAAUGCCUGUGCAUUUGUGGACACAUUAGACGGACCAGUUGGACGUGUAUCGGAUGAGUGACACGAUUUGUGCACACUGGAAUAUCAGCAAAAAUUGAACAUUUCCACCACUGAGCUCAAUUUGAAGCUACUUUGUCCUGAAACGAAUCAGUCAUCUCUAUUUCUGUAAUAUAUCUUCCAUUCUAUCAUGAAAUCAAGAAUAAAAUAAAAACCAUACAAAAAU